AGCACCCUGUACCGCCUCUACUUCUCAUAAAUAGAACUACGAAAACCCCCAAAGAAAAACCCUAGCCUCCUCCGUGCUAUACAUUCACCAAAAGUAGAGAAAGUCUCCGUCUUUGAUUGAGAAACCCUAAACCUAAAAAUGACAGUAGAAGCAGUGAAUCCAAAAGCAUACCCACUUGCAGAUGCCCAGUUGUCAAUAACAAUACUUGACCUUGUUCAACAAGCUGCUAACUACAAGCAACUCAAGAAAGGAGCCAAUGAAGCUACUAAGACACUUAACAGAGGUAUCUCUGAGUUUGUUGUGAUGGCUGCUGAUACUGAACCACUUGAGAUCCUUCUCCAUCUUCCUUUGCUUGCUGAAGACAAGAAUGUGCCCUAUGUAUUUGUACCUUCAAAACAAGCACUUGGCCGAGCAUGUGGUGUCACAAGGCCUGUUAUUGCUUGUUCUGUGACGACAAAUGAGGGGAGUCAAUUGAAAACCCAAAUUCAACAACUCAAGGAUGCCAUUGAGAAACUUUUGAUCUGAAAUAGUACGGAAUGCAAUUUCGGUGUGAUGGGCCUCUUGGACCAUUGGUGGUUUGCUACUUUGGAGGCUUUGACUGAUGAAGUUGUGCCCUGUUGCCAUGAACAAAUAAUGUUUUUGACUUUUUUAAGGGCCUGUUAUCUUGUGUUUUUUUCACUCUGUGACUUGGGACCAAUUAUAUAAUGUUCAAUAUGAGUAGUUUGUUUGUUGUGGUUUAAA